AUCUAUUUUCUAUUACAAAUUACAAUAUCGGCGUUCAUGCGGCGUCGUGAUAUUUAUUAUUUUUAAUACUUAUCCAUGUAAUCGUUUUCUAAUGUCAAUCGUUCGUUCGUCGGCGUCGAUCAGAUUACGACUUUAUCGUUGAACUGUUGAGUUAGUGUAGACGAUGAUGGUCCGACGACACUAGACGAAUGUCAACACAAUUAUUGUGAUGGUGUCGAYGAGACGAACAGUUUUUAUGAAUUGCGGAGCAUAAAAAUAAUUAGGACCUAGAUACUGAGAAAAGAUUUGAAUUGUUUCGGGACACGACUGUUUGUUCACAUUGCUCGCCCUACACAAACACAUCUAAGCAAGCGAUAUUCAACGAUUUAUAAAUGGCAUGCUGUUUCAAAACAUUAUAACGUAACCAAUGGAUCUCAUUAGACGAACAUCUUUAUUGUUCGUAUUAUUAUUAUUACUCAUCMAGCAAUCGAUACAAGUCAAUCCUCCUAGUGGAUAUUGUGCUCAGUAUAAUGGGAAGAUAUGUAGAAAAUAUUUAAAUGCUUCAAUUCUUAUAUGGUUUAACAACACUUUAACAAAUGAAGGAAGUGAACAAAAUGAAAUAAUCACUACUGGUCUAUGGGAAGAAAUGUUACCUAGCUUUUCAAAAACAUGUAGACCAGCAGCUGAAAAACUUUUAUGUUUAUAUGCAUUUCCUCAUUGUCAUCAAGAUACGUCUUAUUUUCCACUUUGUUAUGAAGAUUGUAUUGCAGUACGAGAAUUAUUUUGCUAUAAAGAAUGGGCAUUGAUUGAAGCAAAUAAACAAAGGGGGAUUUUUUAUAAAUCUAAAGGACAUUUUUCUUUACCACUUUGUGAGAACCUACCACGUAACUCACAGAAUGGUAAACCUGUAUGUUCACAUGCCAUGCUCACAGAGCUAAAACAAGAUGAAAUAACUAUUGAUUGCAUUCGUGGCAAUGGUCGUUUUUAUCAAGGAUUUACUAAUGUAACUAAAUCAGGUUUGCCAUGCCAAAGAUGGGAUUCUAAAGUUCCGCAUGAAUUUGUAAGACCACCAAACGUAUUUCCUGAAGUUCAGAAUUCUGAAAAUUAUUGCCGAAAUGCUGGCGGUGAAGUUUCUUCUCCGUGGUGUUAUACUAUGGAUCCUGAUGUAAGAUGGCAAAAGUGUGAUAUACCUCUCUGUGAUAAAAAUGAAACUGAAUUAGUCGAAACAAAACUCGAUAUCAUUAAUAAUGACACAAUUAUAAAUACCAUUACAAUGAUUUUAAGUCAUAUUGAAACGUUCAUUGAUCAAACAUCAACAACACAUUUACACAUAUUUCUUGUGAUUGUUGGAGUUCUGAUACUUUUAGUAUCAGUUUUAAUAUUAGUGCUAUGCAACAAGUUAUUGUCCAAUAAAACUUCAUAUAGAUCAACUCAAACUGGAGAAGUUGAUAUAGAUUUAGAUAAAUUACCAAGUAAUUCUGCAUAUCAUCAAUAUGGAAUGUGUUCAAAUCCGAAAUUGGAAAAACUUGAAUUUCCAAGGAACAACAUUAUAUAUGUAAAAGACUUGGGUCAAGGAGCAUUUGGACGUGUAUUCCAGGCCAAAGCACCCGGUCUGUUGAAAGAUGAAGAAUUUACGUUGGUUGCUGUAAAAAUGUUGAAGGAUGAAGCUUCAAACGAUCUACAAGUUGAUUUUGAACGAGAAGCUUGUUUGUUGUCAGAAUUUGAUCAUCCUAAUAUUGUUAAGUUAUUGGGAGUUUGUGCUUUAGGUAAACCAAUGUGUUUACUUUUUGAAUACAUGGGUCGUGGUGACUUAAAUGAAUUUCUUCGUUCAUGUGCACCUAGCAAUUAUAUUGUACAUUCAGCUGAAGCUAGGGGUGAUGUUUUUCGUGAUUUAAAUCUCACAAACUUGGAUAUGUUGAAAAUAGCUCAACAGAUUGCUUCUGGUAUGGUUUACCUAUCCGACAGAAAAUUUGUGCACAGAGACUUAGCAACCAGAAAUUGUUUGAUUGAUGACACAAUGACAGUAAAAAUUGCCGAUUUUGGGCUUUCACAAAAAAUGUAUUUACAAGACUAUUACAAAGGUGAUGAACAUGAUGCCAUACCUGUUCGAUGGAUGCCUUUAGAGAGCAUUCUGUACAAUAAAUAUACAGUUGAAUCAGAUGUUUGGGCAUUUGGAGUUUGUCUUUGGGAAAUUUUUUCUUUUGCUCUUCAACCGUAUUAUGGCAUGACACAUGAAGAAGUUGUUAAAUUCAUCAAAGAUGGUAACGUUAUGAAUUGUCCUGAAAAUACUCCAAAAUUGGCAUAUGAGCUUAUGAAACAAUGUUGGAGUCGAAAACCUGAUUCACGUCCAACAUUCCGUACAAUUUAUCAGACUUUAGAAAUUGUUCGACAAGAAGUYGUUUGCCGUAUGAAUGRUGGUCUGCCUUCACAUGCCCAUUUGUGAUUUAUCCAAAUAUUUGUACAAUUAUAUGUGGAAAACAAUUAAGCUAUACUCUGUUUCAAAAGAGAAUAUACCAGAUUUACGUAAGAAAACCGGUUUUGCCCGUGACCACAUGGUAUAUCCUCUUUUGAAACAGGGUAUAUAUUGUAUAUUUUGUCAUUGUCUGAUUGUAUAGCAAUUAUUUACAUCUUUUAUGGACAUAUUAAACAAUCAAAAUGUUUAAUCUACUUCCUCAAUGACAAUAAUUUUGUUAUAUCAUUGAUAAAAUCAUUUUUAAG